AUGUCUUCUGCCACCGAGUCGAUGAUCCCGGCCGCCGCCGUGUCGAACACCGCCGCCACCACCGCUGACGAGCCGCCGACGCCCUCUGCGGCCCUUGCACGCAAUAUGGUCGAGAUCGCUCUCGAUUCGCCCAACUGCAAGCCCGUGACGCCGGCGGAGGAGAAGGAGGAGAUGGACACGGCCUCGCCAGCCAACAAGAUGAAGGGCGACGCCAAGGCGUCGUCCGAGCAGGCGACCGAGGCGGCUCCAGUGGCGGUGGAGGGGGCCUCGCCCGUGUCGCCGGAAACGCCCGCAAUGGAAGAAGCGGCGAAGAACCCGGAGGCUGUCGUGGGCGAGAAGCGCUCCUCCGAGGCCGCGCCGCAGCCAGCCAAGGCCUCCAAAUCGCCGGCGAAGUCGCCAGCCGCCGUCACCGAGAACGACGGCAACAGCAACGUCGAGGAGGCCUCCUCGAUCGCCUGA